AUGAAUCGCGGGCAGGUGCGUGCGCUAUUCCCGGAUUCGUCCGUUUAUCAGACAGAUCUCAGUCUGAUUGCAUAUUGUAAAACAAUAGUCAAAAUAUUAGGAUUUAUUGAGGUUUACGUACAAUGUAAUAAAACGCGAAAAAAAUUGAAUAUUUACAUUACGGAAUUGGAAAAGGAACCCCUACUAGGAAGGGAGUGGAUCAGGCAAUUGAAAUGUCAGCGCGGUGUGCCAGAUUUUCUUGGUUGUAAUGCACUAGAGAGCUAUAAUAUUAAUGCACAGGAGACUACUAGUCAGUUACAAUUUAUAUUACAGCAAUACAAAGACUUAGGUGCGCCUACGUUAGCGAAAAUUACAGGAAUACAGGCAAGACUUACAAGAAAGCCAAAUGUAACUCCGGUAUUUUUAAAAGCUCGAGCAGUUCCCUUUAGACUAAUCCCAUUAUUAGAAAGGGAGUUGAGUGAGCUAGAACAAGCAGGAAUACUUACCAAAGUAGAGAAUUCGGAAUGGGCGACCCCCAUUGUCCCGUUAGAAAUACACUCAGAUGACAGAAAAUUCCUAACAUUAAAUACUCAUAAGGGACUCUUUGCAGUCAAUCGAUUAAUGUACGGGAUCGCGUCAGCACCAGCAAUAUGGCAAAGAACAUUAGAGCAAAUAUUGCAAGACAUUCCAGGGGUAGCUAUAUUCCUAGACGAUAUAGUCGUCACGGCCCCUUCGGAUGACGAACAUUUACGGAGAUUACAUUUAGUAUUAAAUAAAUUGCUCAAGCACAAUGUACGAAUUAAUUUAGAAAAAUCUACUUUUUUUAAGAAUGAAAUACAGUAUUGCGGACACGUGUUACGAAAAGAUGGAAUACACAAAGAACCUUCUAAAAUGGAGGCGAUUAGACAAAUGCCGCGACCUCGAAAUAUUUCGGAUGUCCGGGCUUUUGUAGGGAUGAUCAAUUACUACAAUAAAUUUAUACGUAAUUUAAGCUCUAUUUUGCAACCGCUAAAUAUUUUAUUACAUAAAAAUACACGUUUCAUUUGGGGAGAGGUACAGGAAAAAGCAUUCCGGAAAGCUAAAGAAGCAUUCAUGAGUAAUCGAAUAUUAACGCAUUUUGACCCGAAAUUACCGAUCGUACUGGCGACAGACGCGAGCCCAUACGGAGUGGGGGCGGUACUCUCUCAUACAUACCCAGAUGGAACAGAAAGAGUGAUCCAAUUCGCGUCGCAGACAUUGUCGGAAACCCAACAGAAAUACGCGCAAAUAGACAAGGAGGCAUAUAGUAUAAUAUUCGGGAUAAAAAAAUUUUAUCAAUACCUCUAUGGGGGGAAAUUUACUUUGGUCACGGAUCAUCGACCAUUGGUACAGAUUUUCUCACCGAAUCAAAGUUUACCAGUCUAUAGUGCAAUGAGAAUGCAGCACUAUGCUAUUUUUUUACAAGGAUUUAAUUACACAAUUAGAUAUAGGAAGUCUGAAAGUCAUGCGAACGCGGAUUGUUUGUCCAGAUUACCGUUAAAGGAGGGCACCAAAAAUAUAGAUGUAGUAGAUGCUUUUGAACUGAACUUAGUAGAAGAUUUACCGGUUAAUGCAAAGCGUAUAGAAUCAGAAACGAAGAAAGAUACACAAUUACAAAGACUUUUAGUCGCCUUACAAUCUGGUUCCCAGGCACAUAGCGCCGACAGGUUCAAUUUAGAACAAUCUGAAUUUACGUUGCGAAAAGGCAUUAUUUUGCGAGGCCAUCGGGUAGUUAUACCGAAAGUAUUGCGCGCUAGAAUAUUAAAAGAGGUACAUACUGGCCAUUUUGGAAUCAACAAAAUGAAAGGAAUCGCAAGAAACUAUUGUUGGUGGUCGGAAAUGGACAAGGAUAUUAAGGAACUGGUGGAUAAUUGUCGAGCGUGUAAUAGUUUCAAAAAUAACCCACCAAAAAUUGAACAGCACAUCUGGGAGCCUUCGGCAGCUCCAAUGCAUCGAGUCCAUGCGGACUUUGCAGGUCCAUUCUUAGGACAGUGGUUUUUUAUUGUAGUCGAUGCAUUUUCAAAAUGGCCAGAAGUACGUAUAGUGAAAAAUAUCACGGCAAAAACGAUUAUAGAUGAAUGCAGAGAAAUUUUCGCGAGUUAUGGUGUUCCUCAAUGUUUUAUAACCGAUAACGGUAGAACAUUUACAUCGGCCGAAUUUAAAGCAUUCCUGGGACGAAAUGGCGUAAACUUUAAAUAUACCGCACCAUAUAAUCCGGCAACGAAUGGUCAAGCGGAACGUUUCGUUCAAACUCUUAAAAACGCCUUACGACGUAUGGAUGCGAAUACGGCAAAUGUACAUGAAAAACUUUGUAAAAUGUUACUACAGUAUCGUAGCGCGCCUCAUGCGACAACUAAUAAGUCCCCAGCGGAAUUAUUUUUAGGAAGACACGUUAACCAAAUGCGUUCAAUUGGUCAGGCAACUCCGAAACAGGAUGAGGAUUCAGAUUAUGGAUCUGUAGAGGAUGUAAUUGUCGGAACAAACAUGAAUGCCUCAGAGGAGGAAGUUAACGGUCGGGAGCAACCAGAAAAAGCUCCACCGGAGGUUUCACACCAUCCCCCGGAACUUCCACAGCCUCAGCAAACGGAGAUAGUCCCACAAAGUUCGAAUAGUCCGCCAAAGAAUAUAGGCAAGCAAGGAGCCCGGCGUAAACCGCGGAAAAUAGUUGCGGACAUAACUCGCAAGUCCGAUAGGAUUGCGGCAAAGAUGAAACCGACAUAG